ACAUGGAAUGUGCAGAUGUGCCUUUACUAACUCCCAGCAGCAAGGAAAUGAUGUCUCAGGCACUGAAGGCCACGUUCAGCGGCUUCGCCAAGGAGCAGCAGCGACUGGGAAUCCCCAAAGACCCCCAGCAGUGGACAGAGACACACGUGCGGGACUGGGUGAUGUGGGCAGUGAACGAGUUUAGCCUGAAGGAAGUGGAUUUCCAGAAGUUCUGCAUGAAUGGAGCUGCCCUCUGUGCCCUGGGCAAGGAAUGCUUCCUGGAGCUAGCCCCUGACUUUGUGGGAGAUAUCCUUUGGGAACAUCUGGAGAUGUUGCAGAAAG